UGGGAGCCAUCAUGGAGAGAGCUGUGGUGCAAAUCACCCUCUUUGGGCUGCUGCUGGCUUUGGCUACCACACUACCAAACAAGGACAAUUGGGAUAUAUACAGCUUUCACAUCAACUCCACGGUGACCAGUCGUUAUGCAACCACUGUCAUCUCAAGCCGCAUGGCCAAUCGUAUGGACGAGUCAAAGGAAAUAGAAUUCCACGUCCGGAUUCCCAAGAAUGCCUUCAUCAGUAAAUUUAGAAUGUUUAUAGAUGGAGAAGUGUACGAUGGUGUUGUGAAAGGUAAAGACAAAGCUCAGCAGCAGUACACCGAGGCUGUGUCCCGUGGCCAAAGCGCUGGAAUUGUCAGUUCUGUAGGGAGGACCCUGGAGGAAUUUAAGACCUCUGUGACUGUGGCUGCUCACAAAAAGGUCACCUUUGAACUCACAUAUGAGGAGCUGCUGAAACGCAGGCUUGGCAAGUACGAGCUGCAAAUCCACGCUCGACCCAUGCAGCCUGUCAAAGACUUCAAGAUUGAUGUGUUCAUUCACGAGAAAUCCGACAUCAAUUUCAUUGAGGUUAAAGGAGGACUAAGCACCAAUGUCCUGGCCAAUGCCAUCACCAAAACACAUGCAGACAAAAAGGCGUGGGUUUAUUUUUACCCAACAGAAGACCAGCAGAAAACUUGUGACAGUUGUGGAGAGCAGGGUAUGAAUGGAGAUCUGGUUAUUGUUUAUGAUGUCAAAAGGGACAGCUCCAUGGGAGACAUCAAGACUUCAGCGGGAUACUUUGUUCAUCACUUUGCUCCAUCUAGUCUUGCCCGCAUUUCAAAAAAUGUCGUCUUCGUUAUUGAUCAAAGUGGCUCAAUGCACGGCAAAAAAAUGCAACAGACCCGAACAGCAUUAAUCCACAUCUUGAACGACCUGGCAGAGGAUGAUCACUUUGGUCUUAUCACUUUUGAUAGCAGCAUUUUUCAUUGGAAACGAGAACUUGUUCAGGCCAACAAUGAAAACCUAGAGAGCGCCAAGACAUUUUCACGGGAAAUUAGAGAGAGAGGAUCCACAGACAUUAAUGGAGCAGUGUUGGAAGGAGCACGUAUGCUGAAUGCACAUCCCAGGGAAGGUUCAGUGUCUAUCCUCAUACUUCUCACUGAUGGAGACCCAAACUCAGGGGAGACAAAUCUGGAAGUAAUCCAGUCAAAUGUCAGACAUGCUAUUGCAAACAAAUUCCCUCUCUACUGUCUCGGUUUUGGUUUUGAUGUCAAGUUUGAGUUCCUUGAGAAGAUGUCACUGCAAAACAAUGGUGUGGCACGACGGAUUUAUGAAGACUCUGACGCUGCCUUACAGCUGAAGGGUUUCUAUGAAGAGGUGGCCACUCCUCUGUUAAUAGAUGUGACAAUGACCUAUAAUGGUGGGACCAAUCUAACUCAGACUAACUUCAGCCAGUAUUAUAAUGGCUCCGAGAUUGUGGUGGCCGGUCAGAUCACUGACAACAACAUUGAAACCUUCACUCCACAAGUUGUGGCCAUUUCGAGGAGUAGAAAGGUGACGUUUUCUGACACAAACUCCACCGUGGAGUCCACUGGAACAGAGUCUGAUGACCACAUCCAGAGGGUUUGGGCCUACCUCACAGUCAAACAGCUUCUGGAGAAAGAGCUGCUGUUAUCUGGACCUGAGAAGGAAAACGUGAAGAAAGAGGCUUUGGAGCUGUCGCUGAAGUACAGCUUUGUGACCCCACUCACAUCCAUGGUGGUCACCAAGCCUCAGGGCGAGGACACAGAUGUGCUCCUUAAACCCAAGGAAGGUGAAGCGGCACCGGACCGGCGGUCUUCUGGAGGGCAUGGUCAUGUGCAUGGUCAAGGCUUUUAUCCACCCAUUAUGGGUCAAGGCGGGCCACGUUCAGGUCCUUCAGCUCGUAGAAAAUACAAAUCUCACCCGGGAGUUUCAGUGAUUCAUUCUUAUGUUCAUACUGGAGCCAAAGUAACAAGGAUCAUCCAACACGACCCAGAUCCAAAAGUUUUGAGUUUUCCUGCCGGAGUUGGUCCUCCUCCGAAUUAUGUUUUGACUCAGGACAACAAUUUUGCAAUGACCCAAGUUUCACCCACCAUCGUGCCAGAAAGAGCAACUAAUGUUCCUCUUUCCCACAGGUUUUUGAUCAAAACUGAGAAUCUGUCACUUCCACUAUGCUUUGAUGUCACUGGAGAUGUUUGCCUUAAACUACUUCAUCAUCACAACAGGGAGCUGUCUGUGAAUGGUCAGCUUGAUUCAGUAACAUUUGGAGGCUUCCAAAGGAUUGUCAUCCACUUCAAGACUGACCUAAGUGUUGAGGUUGCAACCAAUGAAAUCACUGUACGAGAGGGACAGUCAAUGUCACGCCACAGUGGACAGACUUACUUUACAAAUGGAAGAUUGACAGUGAUUAGGCGGGACCAGGAAAUCGAUGUUUCAUCUGGAGACACACGCAUAGUCAUCUUAAUUCAUGUGAAGGAUGGCGAAGAAUUCCUCUGGCCGGUUUUAAGACAGCAGCCAUCAGACAACACUGAAGGAAUUCUAGCUCUAAAGCCAGCAGUGUAUGAGGAGGUGCAACAAACUCCCUCCACAAAACUUAAGAUCAAAGACCUGGAGAUUGACGUUACCAGGGCCAAUGCUGUUGACUACAGUAUUGUCUCUCCCCCGACAAUUGACUGCUGGCUCAUGUCUGCUGAGUUUGCCCUGCAGAGAAGCUUGGAUGACUUCAUUGCUACACAACUGUAACUGGGAACCGUGUCGAAUCACUUGCAAAGAUUUCAUUUAAAAGAAAAAUAAGUCAAGCACAAGCUGAUUCAUUAUGGAUAAAGUCUUUCCACCUGUUACUAACAUACACAAAUAAAUAAUA